AUGCCACUCCCAGCGGAACAAGCUGUGCCUCUCGCUAAUCCUGUAGCUUCUGGGGAAGCGGAAGCCGGUCCAUCUCAUGUGGCCCACUUUCCGUAUGACGAGGCGGAGGUCAUUGGGGGGGACUCGGUUCUGUCGAUCCGGAAGCGGCUUUUGGCGCGCAACCAAAAUCCCUUUCCCUCCGCGGAAGAACUCCGUAUUGCUCAUGUUGAUGCCCAAGACUGGUUUGAGGUCAAAGCAGAUAUCGCCAUGGAAAUGUCUGCUCAUGAUCCAACUGGUGAUUGGUUGAACCGGGGGGCACAGGCCCUCGACAACCCGCGGACAAAAACUGGGGAAGAUUCUUUGGAGAAUCUCUUCAUUAUACGCGACAAACUUCGCCAACGGGACUGGGAAACCAUCAAGAAUUUGCAAGAAAAGAUGGUUUUCAGGAGGGGCUAA